AUGCUUUCCACGCACCGCGCAACCUCCGGACUCUCCGCCUCGUGUUCGUCUUAUUCUUCUCGGGAAUGCUCUCGUCAAAAGAGAACAAAGAGUACCACCAUCCAAUGCGGGAACAAAUCCAUCAAGUCCAACGAGAACAAGCGAAGAAAACCGCCUGCACAUAAAGGUUUAGACGCGCACAUUUUGAAAACAAAUUCUUCCCCAAAUUCGUCUUCUCCGUCUCCCGUUUAUGUCGUUCCGAAACUGUUACAAAACCGCGACGCCUCGGUCGCUUUGUGCUUCACCUACCUGGGCGACGCCGUUUGGGAACUGUUCGCGAGACAACACUUAGUUUUACGUAGGUGCAAGAAAUCCGAGAGGGAAAAUCCACCGAACAGACAAGGAGGAAGAAGUGGUGGGAACUCGUCGACUUCGGUGAAAACGUUGAGGCCGCAAAGAGCGGCGCAAGACGGGUGGUGCUCGGCGGUCGCGAUGCACUCGCAUUUGGAGAGACUUCUCUCGUUAGAACAAGGGACGUUCUUGACGGAAGAAGAGAUGGCGAUUUUAAAGUGGGGGGCGGAUUACGGCCACGAAUCGAGAGCGAGACACAGCGGGGUGGAACAUCGAGACGCUUCGGCGUUGGAGGCGUUGGUGGCGUAUUUGUAUUUGUUCGACGGCGAGAGAUUGAUGGAAGUUUUAGGGGCACUGGGUAUGACUUUUAUGGAUGCCGGUGGUUUGCAGGUGUUGAGUGGGAGUGGGAGAGUUGAAGCUGUGGAGAGAGCUUUGGAGAGGUUUGAAGGCGGUGGAGGCCGCGAAGAGGAAAACGAAGAAGAAGUUAAAGAAGAAGAAGACUCGGAGAAAACAAUGAGCGCUUUACAAUUAGAAAACGAAACUUUAAAGAAAGAAAUCGAAGAGUUGAAGCAGAAGGCACUGAUAGCUCAGAGAGCCGUUCGAUUAAAACGCUAG